GCUGGAUCCGCAGUAUGCAGAGGGAGUCCCCUCACCUGGAAAGAUGUACGUGAGUUACCUGCAGCUGGAUAAGGACCCCGCCAUGUACCCGCACCAGAACGCGGUGACCCGCCAUCCGGGCAUCAGCCUCAGCCCGCAGAACUUCCCGGUCCCCGCCCCGCCACAGUACUCAGACUUCGCGGGCUACCAUCACCAUCACCACGGCAUCAACAACGACCCGCACUCGGUUCAGCAGGCCGGUCCGGGCCCCGGCGGCUGGAGCCCGGCUUACCCGCCUCCCCCUCCGCCCACACGGGACGACUGGUCUUCCCACCACUACGGCCACACGGCUGCCGCCGCCGCUGCAGCGGCAGCCGCGGCCGCAGCAGCCGGGGGGCCUCCUGCCGGCUCCACCGGUCCCACGCUGGGGUUCAGCCCCGCGGAGUUCCCCGGGCAGCCACCUGCUCUGCUCCCCGCGUCUCUGAACGUGUCGGCGGGGCAGCUGUCCCCCGGCUCCCCGCAGAGGAGGAACCCGUACGACUGGAUACGACGCAGCUCCGUCCCGCCCUCCAACCCAAACGGGAAGACACGAACCAAAGACAAGUAUCGGGUGGUUUACACCGACCACCAACGGCUGGAGCUGGAGAAAGAGUUUCACUACAGCAAAUACAUCACCAUCAGGAGGAAGGCGGAGCUCGCCACGGCGCUCACCCUGUCAGAGAGACAGGUGAAGAUCUGGUUCCAGAACCGCCGGGCAAAGGAGCGCAAGAUCAACAAGAAGAAGCUCCAGCAGCCGGCCUCCUCCACGACCACGCCCACCCCUCCCACCGGCAGCAACGGCAGUGGAGGAGGAGUUUUACAUGGAAACGGCGGCAGCAGCGUGGCCAUGGUGACGAGCAGCAGCGGCAGCAACGGGCUGGUGUCCCCUACGUCCCUGCCUUUAAACAUCAAAGAGGAGUACUGA